AUGACUGAGUCGCUCUUCUUCUGGGAGUUUCCACGUAGUGGCCAUGCAGAGUGGAGAAGUGUGAGAGCCUCCAUUGUGAACAUUGCGGGCUCCACCGCUCUCUUGCUUCAGAUGCUGGCGGAUUCUGUGGACAGAAGACAGCUGUUGCAAACCAAAGGGGCAAAGCUGCAGCUUAGCUUUUCUGACAAAGUGAAGGAUUUUAAUAACUUCCCAGUUCUGGAUUCUGCUACUCUCUGCUGCAGUUUCAAUGUUAGCAACCCAGUGUCUAGAGGGUGGAGUUAUGAUGUCCAAGGUGAAGUGAACGCAGAGUCUUUCCUUCUGAACAGAAAUUCUGAAUGUCAUGUCACUGAUGCUCUUGGAAACAAACUCAAUGCCACAGAUAUCUGUGAAAAACAGUUCCGCAGUCUAAAAGAUCAAGUUUAUCACUUCAAAGAUGUGCUGUACCAAAUUCGGGGGGAGAAUAAGACAAUCACAGAGCCCCUCACUCUGCAGUCCAUUGUGUGUGGCUCAUAUGCAGAAGAUGGACAUUUCAGGGGAUCCUGGAAGGUCAACCUCAAUGGAAGCAACAUGUUCCAUGGUGACACUAAGAAAUGGCUUCAUGUCAAUCCUGGAAUCAAAUGGACAGAAGAUAUGUUGGAGAAAAUCAGAAAUCUAAAUGACUUCUUAAACAAGAUCUCACAGGGGGAAUUUAGGAACAAAUUUAAGGAGUCUACUUUGCACUGUGAAGAAAACCUGGAGCCUACAGCCUUACCAACCAUUACUGCACAUAUGGACCAACCUGCAUCCAGGGCAUGCAUGUCCAACCCUUCUAUCCUGCUGAUAAUGCUCAGCUGCUUCCUCCUGUAUGUUUUCUGA